AUUGGGCUGUAUAUGUUUCCACACACAAUUCAAAGUUUUUUACAACUUUAAUUUUCACACACAACACACACUGCUACACCAUAGCCAGCACAGCAAGUGAUAGUUCAAGAUUUCGAGUUAAUCAGCAAAACCCAUUAAUCAAUUCCGUUUCUUUUCCGCCAUUGAUGCAAAAGAUCUGAGCUUUAAGCUCGAUGCCCCCGCGCCGAAGCAGGGAUUGGUAAAAAAAUCCAAUCUUUAUCCCUUUUUCCUCGAGCAAAUUGAGAAAGAUUCAAGAAUUAUGCAUGGGCUCAGCCGCCUGAGCAACGGCGCGAGCUCCCUAUCUCCGCCGUCGUCGCCGCGCCACCGCGGCGGCCGCGUGAAGAGCCCCAGCUCGUCCCCCGCCGCUGUCGGUGGCUACGGCGGCGGGGCGGGGAGCUUCCGCGGCGGGGGGAGAGGAGAGCUGAAGAAUGUGGUGGAGAGAUUUGGGUGUUUACUGAUUUCAGCAAUGUAUAGAAGGAGAGGAGUGCUUAUGUUUGCUCCCUUGCUUUACAUCUCUGGGAUUCUUAUGUAUAUGGGCACAAUGGGGUUUAAUGCUGUGGAUAGGAGCGGCGGGGAAGUUUCCGAUGCAGUCGGGCCGGGCUCGGUCUAUCGGAGCCCGCAGGUUUUCGAGAAGCUGUGGCCUUUCAUGGAGGCUGAGAGCAAUCGGAGCUCUAAUAUGUUAUUGAAUGUUUGGAAUCCGAAGCUGCGUCAAGGUUGGAAGCCUUGUAUUAAGCAGACCGUUUCUCAACCAGGCCUUUCAGAGUUGCCGCCGUCAAAUGGUUACCUAAUUAUUGAAGCAAAUGGGGGUCUAAACCAACAAAGAUUAUCGAUAUGUGAUGCGGUGGCAGUGGCAGGUUUAUUGAAUGCUACACUUGUCAUUCCCAUCUUUCAUUUAAAUAGCGUUUGGCGAGAUUCGAGCAAGUUUGGUGAUAUAUUUGACGAGGACUUCUUCAUAUACGCUCUUAGAAAUCACGUUAAUGUUAUUAGAGAGCUUCCAGAAGAUGUACUCCGCCAAUUCGAUAACAAUAUUAGCAACAUCGUAAAUUUGAGAGUAAAGGCAUGGUCAAGCCCUAAGUACUAUCUUGAAAGGGUUCUACCGAAGCUGGUUGAGUUAAAGGCUGUCCGCAUUGCGCCUUUCUCUAACAGAUUGGCUCAUGCAGUUCCUCCAUACAUCCAAGGACUUCGGUGCCUAUGCAAUUUUGAGGCACUCCGAUUUUCAGGACCCAUACGGAUGCUAGCCGCAAAGAUGGUCGAUCAGAUGGUUAAAACCAGUUCUAAAAGUGGAGGGAGAUAUGUGUCGGUGCAUCUUCGGUUCGAAGAGGAUAUGGUAGCUUUCUCGUGUUGCAAAUACGAUGGAGGCGAAGAAGAAAAGCACGACAUGGAUAUUGUUCGAGAGAGAAGUUGGAGAGGGAAAUUUCGAAGGAGAGGUAGAGUGAUAAGACCGGGUGCCAAUCGUGUCGAUGGAAAGUGUCCUUUAACGCCAUUAGAGGUCGGGAUGAUGCUAAGAGGCAUGGGAUUCGAUAACACGACAUCUCUAUAUGUCGCUGCUGGAAAAAUUUACAAAGUGGAAAAGCAUAUGGCUCCUCUAAAGCAGAUGUUUCCUGGUUUGGAGACGAAGGAUACACUGGCCUCCCCCGAAGAACUUGCUCCUUUCGUGGGUCAUUCGUCGAGAUUGGCAGCUCUGGACUACACGGUUUGCCUCCAUAGUGAGGUAUUCGUCACAACUCAGGGUGGUAAUUUUCCGCAUUUCUUGGUCGGGCACAGACGCUACUUCUAUGAAGGACAUGCAAAGACGAUUAAACCGGAUAAGAGAAAGUUAGCUCAACUGUUUGAUAGCCCUAACAUCAGAUGGCAAGAUUUCCGGCACCAGUUGCACGAUAUGCUUCGCCACAAUGAUGUGAAGGGGAGCGAGGUGAGGAAGCCGAGCAGCUCCCUCUACAUGCACCCGAUGCCAGAUUGCAUGUGUCGGAGAUCCGAAAACAGCAACGCAACGAGGUCUGCUUAGUCGAGCACGCGCACAUAAAUUCCCACAUAAAUGCAACACUUGAUAUAGUAUACUAACAUUUGAUAAUAGAGCAUCAUUCAUCACUAAUAUAUGUAUGUAUAUCUAUUCUUUACCUUGAAACGGCUCAUGUGAUUUGAAAUACUAUGCUGUUUGUGCUAUUACUGUUAUAAUUAGUUUUGUAAUAGAGCAUUUUGUAAUACAAGUACUAAUUCUUUGUAGAGAAAUGUUGUCCAACUGUAAAUGGCUCCAAUCUUGAAUGGAUUUCUCUAA